AUGGCUCAACUGAUGGCACCUAGAGGAGGAGCUACACCUCAAGAUAAAAAACACACCAAAGUCGAGCUUCAGAACAAUUCCAAACACGAUGUAUCCCUGAUAAGCCGCCAGGUUUGGGAAGGAGAUCGGCAUACUAAUUUCCCCAGAAAAAUCACGGACGACGAUGAUGCUGAGUUUACUCAAAGUGCAGGGCUUUCGGAGGGUUCAGUUGCUGGUCUUGCAUACAAAAUUCUUGACGAUGGCAAAAAGUGGGUCGUUACCUGGAGCAACCCUAGAUGUGAAGACAGCAAGGUGUACACUGCUAUCGUGGAUGGAAAAAUUGAUUGGAAUCAAAUCAAAAAGGAGCUUGAUAACAGAGGGAGAUCGAAUUAUGAAGCUGUUAGGUUUGGAUACAGAGCAACAAUUGCAGUUGAUAAUAUAAAGACACGCUCACCAACCGUGAAUGUAUAUAUUGAGCCUCAGGCCUGA